AUGAAGAGCUAUGUUGAGUCUCUAGCAACAGAAGAUCCAUUGCUGAAAGGAGUUCCAGAAGACAAGAAUCCAUUCAAAGAAAAAGGUGGAUGUGAGAUUUCCUGA